UACGCCUUCUUGUGCCCAGUGGCUAGUGUGGCCAACCGGAUGGCUGAAGCCGGAAGCCCCGUUUUUGCCUACAUCUUCACCCAUCGUCCUGCCUUCAUAGUUGCACCCGACUGGAUUGGGGUACCCCACUGUGCCGAGCUGCCUUAUUUGUUUGUUUCCAUCCUGUCUACGCUGGAUGGCAAUGCCACCAACUCGGAUGAGGAAGAGAUUCUCAGCCAAAGGGUUAUGCAAUAUUGGGGGCAGUUUGUAAGAACUGGGUCUCCUGAUGGGGGAAGUGGCAAAGAGUGGCCUCUUUACACAGGCCAGAACUUCUUUCGCAUUGGCACAGAACAGGAUCAGACUGAAGAAACAUCACCCACCUUCUACUGUGACUUUUGGAAGUUGCUGAACACCAUCUCCCAAGACUCCCUGAUCUGUCUCAGCUUCUAA